AGGCUGGGAGGGAAAGUGAAAAGCUCUCUGAAGUGUUUACCCUGACGUCAGUUUGCAGAAGUAGCUCUGCCCUCAGUGUCUGCGAAAGUCCGUUCAGAAAGAACUGGGGAAUAGAUGAGCUCGGCUCAACUCCGUGCGAUCCGGAUCCCCACGGAGCCCUGAAAUGCUUUCUCUUGAACCUUUAAAGUGGACUAAAUCACCUCCGCCAUGAACACCUGCGCCUUUCUGUUGAUUCUCACUGUUCAGAUCUACGCUGACGGCAUCGAGGGGCCAACAGCGGCUGGCUGCACCUUUGAGGAGGAUUCAGAUCCCAAUCUGUGUGACUUCACCCAGGGGGAGGACGACGACUUUGACUGGCUGCUGUUUCGAACAUACAGUUCACCUUAUGCCAGCGCUGACCUCCUGUGGGGAUCGUAUAUGCUGGUGAACUCCUCCCAGCAUGCUGUGGGUCAUCGUGCUCAGCUCCUGCUGCAGACACUCAGUGAAAACGACACUCAUUGCGUCCAGUUCAGCUACUUUCUGUACAGUCGUGAUGGCCAUAGCCCAGGGGCUCUACGGGCGUAUGUACGAGUCAACGGAGGUCCACUCGGCAACUCGGUGUGGAACACGUCAGGUUCUCACGGCAAGCAGUGGCACCAGGUCGAGCUUGCGGUCAGCACCUUCUGGCCUAAUGAAUACCAGGUGCUGAUUGAGGCCACUGUUUCCAGAGAACGGCAAGGCUACAUUGCCAUCGAUGACAUCAUGGUGCUCAACUACCCCUGCUAUAAGGCACCUCACUUCUCCAGGCUGGGAGACGAGGAGGUCAAUGCCGGGCAAAACGCCUCUUUCCAGUGUGUUGCUGCUGGACGAGCAUCGGAGGCUGAGAACUUCCUGCUAGAGAGACACAGUGGGGAAAUAUUGACAACAGCGUCAGUCAAGCACUCGAGUCAUCGGCGCUUUGUGGUGUCCUUCCAGCUAGACAGCGUCCAGAGAACGGACCAAGACCUUUACCGCUGUGUUACCCAGUCCCCCAGGGGCUCUGGAGUGUCCAACUUUGCAGAACUUGUUAUUAAAGUACCUCCAUCCCCUAUUGCACCGCCUCAGCUGCUGCGUGCGGGCUCCACUUACCUCAUCAUCCAACUCAACACUAACUCCAUCCUGGGAGACGGCCCCAUUAUCAGGAAGGAGAUUGAGUAUCGUGCAAGCCAGUCUCCGUGGUCAGAGGUGCAUGGUGUCAAUAUGGGCACCUAUAAGCUGUGGCACCUGGAUCCAGACACGGAGUACCACAUUAGUGUGCUGUUGACACGGCCUGGAGAAGGGGGGACUGGCCCACCUGGACCACCUCUCGUGAGCAGGACCAAGUGUGCAGAGCCCAUGCGGGCACUGCGGGGCCUCAUAGCCACAGAUAUCCAGUCCAGACAGUUGUCACUACAGUGGGAGAAUUUAGCAUUUAACCUGACACGCUGCCACACCUACUCAGUGUCCCUAUGCUACCGCUACACCACUGCGGGAGGCGGCGGAGGCCACAACACCACUGUUCGUGAGUGCCUGGCAGUGGAACACAACGCCUCACGCUUCACACUGCGUGAUCUGCCACCUUACCACAGCAUCCUUGUCCGUCUGUCACUGUCCAACCCAGAGGGAAAGAAAGAGGGCAGAGAGGUGACCUUCCAGACAGAGGAAGACAUUCCUGGAGGCAUAGCACCGGAGUCGCUCACCUUCACACCGCUGGAUGACAUGAUCUUUUUAAAGUGGGAAGAGCCUGUUGAACCCAAUGGUCUUAUUACUCAGUAUGAGAUCAGCUACCAGAGUAUUGAGUCAUCUGAUCCAAGCAUCAAUGUCCCAGGACCCAGAAGAACAGUGUCCAAGCUGAAAAACGAGACCUACCACAUGUUCUCCAACCUCCACCCUGGAACUACCUACCUAAUCUCCGUCCGCGCCCGUACAGCCAAGGGCUUUGGCCAGACGGCCCUCACCGAAAUCACAACCAACAUCUCAGCACCCACAUUUGACUAUGGCGAUAUGCCGUCUCCCCUGAGCGAGACAGAGAGCACCAUUACUGUGCUACUGCGUCCGGCACAAGGGAGAGGAGCACCCGUUAGCACUUACCAGGUGGUGGUUGAAGAGGAGAUGGUAAAGAAAGUGAAGAGGGAGCUGGGGCUCCAGGAGUGUUUCCCACUGCCCAUGUCCCAUGGGGAGGCUCAAGCCCGGGGCACGCCGCACUACUACACAGCAGAACUGCCACCCAGCAGCCUUCCAGAGGCCAGUCCCUUUACUGUGGGUGACAACCACACGUAUAACGGCUACUGGAAUAGCCCUUUGGAUCCACGCAAAAGCUACCUGGUCUACUUCCAGGCCAUGAGCAACUUCCGAGGGGAGUCCAGAAUAAACUGCAUCCGCAUUGCUCGAAAAGCGGCCUGCAAAGACCACCGGAAGGCUCUGGAGGUGUCUCAGCACUCUGAAGACAUGGGACUCAUUCUGGGCAUGUGCGCUGGAGGACUGAUUGUCCUUAUCCUGCUGCUGGGCGCCGUCAUCAUCAUCAUUAAAAAAGGAAGGGACGACUUCACUUACUACCCGAAAUCAGUGAACAUGAAUAAGACACCCAUUACCUACCGGCAGGAGAAGAGCCAUAUGGGCUCCAUGGAGCGGAGCUUUACAGACCAAAGCACCCUCCAAGAGGAUGAGAGAAUGACCCUUUCUUUCAUGGAUGCACAUACCUGUGGCACACAAAGUGAUGCUCGUAGUUCGGUGAAUGAGGCUAGCAGUCUGCUCGGAGGCUCCCCGAGGCACCAGUGUGGGCGAAAAAGCUCGCCAUACCACACAGGACAGCUCCACCCUGCCGUCCGAGUGGCUGACCUUCUUCAGCACAUCAACCAGAUGAAGACUGCUGAAGGCUACGGCUUUAAACAGGAGUAUGAGAGCUUCUUUGAUGGUUGGGACUGUACAAAGAAGAAGGACAAAACAAAGGGAAGACAUGACACCCUUUUGGGAUAUGACCGCCACAGAGUCAAGCUACACCCUCUCUUGGGAGACCCCAACUCUGACUACAUUAACGCAAACUACAUAGAUAUUCGGAUUAACAGGGAAGGCUACCAUCGAUCCAACCACUUCAUUGCCACUCAGGGACCCAAGCAGGAGACUCUCUAUGAUUUUUGGAGGAUGGUGUGGCAGGAAAAUUGCUUCAGCAUCGUCAUGAUCACUAAGCUGGUGGAGGUUGGAAGGGUGAAAUGCUGUAAAUACUGGCCCGAUGACAGUGAGAUGUAUGGCGAUAUUAAAAUCACUCUACUUAAGACCGAGACGCUGGCUGAAUACACAGUUCGCACAUUUGCUUUGGAAAGGAGAGGGUACUCAACGAAGCACGAGGUACGUCAAUUUCACUUCACAUCCUGGCCGGAGCAUGGGGUUCCCUAUCAUGCCACGGGACUGUUGGCCUUUAUACGGAGAGUGAAAGCCUCGACGCCUCCUGACGCCGGCCCCGUGGUCGUCCAUUGCAGUGUCGGGGCGGGUCGCACCGGGUGCUAUAUUGUGCUGGAUGUCAUGUUGGACAUGGCCGAGUGUGAGGGUGUGGUCGAUAUCUACAACUGUGUGAAAACGCUGUGCUCUCGACGCAUCAACAUGAUCCAGACAGAGGAGCAGUAUAUCUUUAUCCAUGAUGCCAUUCUGGAGGCCUGCCUGUGUGGAGAGACUGCUAUCUUAGUCAAUGAGUUUGCUGUCACCUACAAAGACAUGCUGCGGGUGGAUUCCCAAAGUAAUUCUUCCCAGCUACGGGAAGAGUUCCAGACGCUAAAUUCCGUGACUCCCCAUCUGGAUGUGGAAGAGUGCAGCAUCGCUCUGUUGCCCAGGAACCGAGAGAAGAACCGUAGCAUGGAUGUUUUGCCGCCGGACCGUGCCCUGGCCUUCCUGGUAACCACAGAAGGGGAGAGUAAUAAUUACAUCAACGCUGCUCUCGCCGACAGCUUCCACCGGCAGGCUGCCUUCAUUGUAACGCCACACCCUCUGCCAGGCACCACAGCAGACUUCUGGAGGCUGGUUUUUGACUACGGCUGCACCACAGUGGUCAUGCUCAACCAACUCAACCAGUCAAACUCAGCUUGGCCAUGUGUUCAGUACUGGCCAGAGCCCGGUUUACAGCAGUAUGGCCCCAUGGAAGUGGAGUUUCUGUCCAUGUCAGCUGAUGAGGACGUCAUUACACGUCUGUUUCGGGUCAAGAAUGUCACAAGACUCCAGGAGGGCCAGCUGGUGGUGUGUCAGUUCCAGUUCCUGCGCUGGUCGGCUUAUCGUGACGUUCCCGAUUCCAAGAAAGCGUUCCUCGGCCUGCUGGCUCAAGUGCACAAGUGGCAACGGGAGUGUGGGGACGGACGCACCGUGGUCCACUGCCUCAAUGGCGGAGGUCGGAGUGGGACUUUCUGUGCCUGCAACAUGUUACUUGAGAUGAUCCAGUACCAGAACAUGGUGGAUAUUUUUUAUGCCGUCAAGACGCUACGCAACUGCAAACCCAACAUGGUGGAGUCUCUGGACCAGUACCGAUUCUGCUAUGACCUUGUCCUGGAGUAUUUGGACUGCUUUGAGGAGAGAUAGCAACAAAAUGUUUACCACAGCUGAUGCAUCCUGCGCGCUGCUGAUUCAAUUUACAGCCACCCAGUGAGCCCCUCUACUUUAAUAUUCCGACCUGUGGACUCGACACUGGAAGGACAACAAAGGAAUGUCAGAAAAAAUGUGGCUAAUGCUCUGACUUUUAACCUUUAAUGUACAGCUGUGAUUUCCUCUUCGUCGGUAAUGUUUUAUCUGUUUUGAAAUUUUUAGUGCUUUUCUUGGCCCUCUUUGCCUCUGGACCAGUGCUUUUUCUUUUGCGCGGCGGCAGCCAAACAACAUUCAACACGAGCUGCAAAACGGACCAAUCUGAAGAAGGCUCUCCUCCGCCGUGUUUCAUUUGCGUUCGGACAGAAGUGUGCACAGCACAGUUACUACAACAUUAUAUAUAAGUGAAAGCAUUUUCUUCUUUCUUACAGCUACAUGCAGCAGCAGUCUGCUGUGGCUGUGGCACUUAUCUAUCAUAAUACCAUAAACUGCCUUAUUCUCUGCCCGUAGAUCGGAUAUGUUCAGAUCAUUGAAGGAAUUGAAAAAGAGGCUCGCCCUGGUGGACGGACACCCUAUUGAUGCAGAAACCGUACAUUUGUGCAGCGUGUUGUAUUUUGCCGUAUCUCUGUUGGAUUACAACGUGUGCUACAGGUGGAAGCUUCCGGGGACGGCAGCACUGGGCCUGGUGCCACCGACGAGAGAUUCCUCUCUCAUUAUCUUCACAGCGCCAAUCCCACUGACGGACCUGAAUCCUGUCUUUUCUUUAUCCCGCGGCUUCAUUGGCAUAUGCACAUGGACGCACAGUGUUUACUGCAUCAGCUAAUGAUCCUGUUCUGACGUGUUUGUGUUUUAUGCCCAGUGGGAACACAAAGGAACGCGGUAGCAGAAAAGUCCAGGUGUGAAAAAUGAUUUUCUGUUCAUCUGUGCUGAUGUGCCAGUUAUGGCUUUGCAUUACAGGCGAGUUUCUUA